UAUCGAAGCAGAAGCAAUCGGAGAGAAGCACAAUUACGGAACUACCCUUAUACCUCUGAUACACAAAAAUUGAAAAAUACCAUUUCUCUCUGCUGCGUCUUUCGUUUCGCAUAUUCGUCUUCUUUCUUUCUCUCUUUCUUUCUUUCUUUCUUUCUUUCGUUCGUCGUCGUCUUCAUCUUCUUCAUCUCAUACCCCAGCUUCUUCUUCCUUCUCUCUAGAUGGGAGUUCAACAACACAAAGUGCGUUCUAGAGGCAAUGAGGCUGGUGGGAAUGCUUGCACCAGCAGUUCAUCCAAUCACGGUGAUGCUAUGAAUGCGUCCCCAGCAUCGGCUGUUAGCAAUCCAAGUGUAAAUAGUAGUAAUACUGAUGGUGAUGAAGUUAAUGGACCUAGUGACAUUUCUGCCAAGAAAAAUAUUACCCCACAUAUUUAUAGGCAAGAUGUUGUUAAAGAUAAAACCAAUGGAGCAAUCGGGAUUGUAACAGAAGUUGCUGGUGAUUCAGAUUCAGAUUCAGAUAGUAGCGUUACUGAUGAUGAGGAUGAUAGUGAGGAUGAGGAUGAUGAUCUUGAGGAAAGCAAUGGUGAUGCUAAUAAUAAUAAUGCUAGCAAAAAUUCUGAUAGGAAUGGCACUGAUGGGCACUCCAAAACUGGUGCCCUUCUAGCUGACCAGCUGCGUGCACUCUGGAUGGAUGAAUCUGAACCUACUCGAAAUUUCAGUGAUGUAGAAGUAGUUGAUCGUGGAUUUUUACAUGGGGAUUUCGUUGCCGCUGCUUCAGACCCUACUGGUCAAGUUGGUGUAGUGGUAGAUGUGAAUACGUCUGUGGAUUUGUUGGCCCCUGAUGGAUCUACAAUAAAAGAGAUCUCAUCCAAAAACUUAAAACGUAUUAGGGACUUUACCAUUGGUGAUUAUGUUGUGCUUGGUCCUUGGCUAGGCAGAAUCGAUGAUGUUUUAGAUAAUGUGACUGUCCUAUUUGAUGAUGGUUCAGUGUGUAAAGUCACCAAAGCAGAUCCUUUGAAUCUUAAACCAAUUUCUAAGAAUAUGGUUGAAGAUGUGCAUUUCCCCUAUUACCCUGGGCAACGUGUAAGGGCUAGUUCAUCAUCAGUUUUCAAGAAUUCAAGAUGGCUGUCUGGCUUGUGGAAAGCAAAUCGGUUGGAAGGUACUGUCACUAAGGUUACAGUUGGGUCAGUGUUUGUUUAUUGGAUAGCAUCUGCAGGUUAUGGGGCGUAUUCUUCUACUGCACCAGCUGAAGAGCAAAGUCCAAGGAACCUAAAAUUGUUGUCCUGUUUUGCACAUGCAAAUUGGCAAUUAGGUGACUGGUGUCUCUUGCCCUCAUCAGCAUAUUCAUCAUCAAUUUCCAUGGAGAAAGGCAUGUCAAAGUUAGAACUUAAUGAUUCUGUUUACAAUGAACUAGAUUCUAAUCCAACAGGAAGUGGAUGUGAUUCAGAAGAUGCUGCUGUUGAGGAAUCUAAUGGGAAUAAGGAUGCUAUGGUCCUUGAUCCAGUGAAUUCUUCGGGAGGGAAUGAUGGAGCUGCUGUAAGUAACACAUCUCGUGAUAAUAGCUCAUGUGGUAGUUCCAUCUCGGUAUCUAAGGAACCGGUACAUGAGACUUGGCCUCUUCAUCGUAAGAAAAUAAGGAAAGUUGUAAUUAGGAAGGAAAAAAGGGCCCGGAAGAAAGAGGAAAGUUUUGAGAAAGCUCUUUUGAUUGCCAACACAAGGACGCGUGUUGAUGUCGCAUGGCAGGAUGGCACCAUAGAGCGUGGACUACAUUCUACAAGCCUGAUUCCUAUAGAUAAUCCUGGUGAUCAUGAAUUUGUUUCGGAACAAUAUGUGGUUGAGAAGACAUCUGAUGAUGGUGAGGAUACUUGUGAAGCUAGGCGUGUUGGGGUGGUUAGAAGUGUUAACGCGAAGGAGCGGACAGCUUGUGUGAGGUGGUUAAAACCAGUUGAACGUCCAGAAGAUCCUAGAGUUUUUGACAAGGAGGAAAUAGUAAGUGUAUAUGAGCUAGAGGGCCACCCAGAUUAUGAUUACUGCUAUGGAGAUGUGGUUGUUCGGCUGUCACCUGUGUCUGUCUGGAUAGAGACAGAUUCUGUUGGAGAGUCCACUAAGAAAUUGUCCCAGAAAAAUGAGGAAGUUGGGAUGAAAAAGGAAACAAAAAGCCCUACAGGUUCCAGUAGUAGUAAAGCAGAAAAUGCAUCUGGCGGGCAAACGUGUGCAGAGUUCUCUGACCUUUCUUGGGUUGGGAAUAUAACUGGUCUUAACAAUGGUGAUAUUGAAGUUACAUGGGCAGAUGGGAUGGUGUCAACGGUCGGACCCCAGGCAAUCUAUGUUGUUGGUCGAGAUGAUGAUGAUGAAUCAAUUGCUGCUGGAAGUGAACUAAGUGAUGCUGCAAGCUGGGAAACUGUUAAUGAUGAUGAAAUGGAAGUCGACGAGGACUCCAAAGAGGAUAUCGAGAGGGAAAAUUCAAGCAGUGUUACUUCUGAGGCAGAUGAGACUGGAGAGAACGAUUCUGGAACGGCUGCAGCACUUUCUUCUGUACCCCUAGCCGCCUUACGAUUUGUCACCAGACUUGCCUCAGGGAUAUUCUCAAUGGGCCAAAGAAACUUAGAUUCUGCUGACUCGCAGUCCAAAAGUGAAAGUGAACUUAGUGACGAGUCUUGUUCUCAGCAAUGUCUCAACAAAGAUGGGGACAAUUUAAGCAAUAAAAAUGAAAUAAAUGAAGAAGCUGCUGCUCAAGAAGCAGCUGAAAUAUUGAAAACACUUGGGACAGAGUGUAGCCUUAGCACUGAAGAUGCUCCAGCAACUUGCGACAAUGAUAUUUGUAGUUUCAAACACUUUGACAUAGCGACAGACCCUUCAGACAAUUACUUUAUUGGUGCAAAUGGACAGAGUAAUAACCGAAAAUGGUUUAAGAAGGUGCAACAAGAUUGGAGCAUACUGCAGAAUAACCUUCCAGAGGAAAUCUAUGUCCGAGUUUAUGAGGAUAGAAUGGAUCUUUUGAGAGCAGUUAUUGUAGGGCCAUACGGGACCCCAUACCAAGAUGGUCUCUUUUUCUUUGAUUUUCACCUUCCACCAGAGUACCCUGAUGUGCCACCAUCAGCAUAUUAUCAUUCUGGUGGUUGGCGUAUUAACCCUAAUUUGUACGAGGAAGGGAAGGUGUGCCUAAGCCUUCUAAAUACAUGGACGGGCAGAGGAAAUGAAGUAUGGGAUCCAAAAUCUUCCAGUAUCCUUCAAGUCCUAGUUUCACUACAAGGUUUGGUGCUCAACUCUAAGCCUUACUUCAACGAAGCUGGGUAUGACAAACAGAUUGGAACAGCAGAAGGAGAGAAGAAUUCACUGUCAUACAAUGAGAAUACGUUUUUACUCAACUGCAAGACUAUGAUGUAUCUUAUGCGUAAACCCCCCAAGGACUUUGACAUGCUCAUCAAAGAACAUUUUAGGCAGCGCGGUCAUAACAUCCUCAAGGCUUGUGAUGCAUAUAUGAAGGGUUACUUGAUUGGCACAUUGACCAAAGAUGCUUCUGUGAGUGACAAGAGUGAACAGAAUUCAACUUCUGUGGGUUUCAAGUUGAUGCUAGCCAAGAUAGUGCCAAAGCUUUUCUCGUCAUUGAGCAAUGUUGGCGCGGAUUGCGAAGAAUUCAAGCAUCUGAAAGAGUUGUAGAAUACAUUAGAUUAUGCAAAAGAUGCAUCACCUACUCAAUCAGCAGGUUCAGGUGAUUCUGCCCCAAAAUUGAAACUUGAAGGUACUAACAAGUGUAAAGGCUCUCAGGUGCUGUUCUUGUUCAAUCAAAACCUUCCUUUCCUCUUUUUUCUGAAAAGAACAGUUAGCCUUCAGAGGCUGAAGGAACUUAAUUGGUGGGAGUUGAGCUAUUUAUUGUGAGGAGCAAAUUACUGAAAGAGCAGACCAGAUAUCAUUUUGAUUUUGGUCUGGGGAGUGUGAGGGGUGCCAAUGUUGGUCUCUAACUUGAAUGUUGUUGUUGUCUACUCCUUUUUUUUUUAUUAUUAAUUGUUUUAUUUUUUAUAUUUGGGGAAGAUGUGGGGGAACAGGGUUGGACUUUCUCAGGUAUUUCAAAGCAUUUAGUUGUCUUGCAUUGAUUGGUUAAUGGUUACCUCGAAUCGAAUAUAAUGAAAAAAAAAAAAGAAUACUUUCUUUUUCUUUCA